AUGGUCCUUAUCUAUAUCCCUGGAAUUAAGUAUGAAUUGGAAACCAAAGUGGUCAAAAUGCUGCCUAUUGGAGAGCUUUUGAGGUGGAUAAUAUCUACUCCAGUGCAGUUCAACAUUGGCCGACGAUUCUACGCCGGUUCUUACAAAGCAUUACGCCAUGGCUCCACAAAUAUGGACGUCUUGAUUGCCUUGGGAACAAAUGCAGCCUACUUCUAUUCGGUCUACUCUGUGUUGAGAGCUGCUAGUUCUCCAACUUUUAAGGACACUGAAUUUUUUGAGACUAGCUCAAUGCUCAUUUCAUGCAUUCUACUGGGAGGUUUUGGCCAAGGCGAAGACUUCUGA